CAUUUGACUACAUAAACCCACUCACACCGCCAUAGUUUUUCAACCUUCGUUCACCAUCACAACCACCAGCCAUGUCUCAAACCACUGCCACCGUGGGAUCUCACGUGGCCAUUUUCGCCUUCCCCUUCGCUUCCCACGCAGCUAUUCUUCUCCCCGUCGUCCACCGCCUGGGCCUCUCCUCCCCCACCACCAUUUUCUCCUUCUUCACCACUUUGCACUCCAACAAAACACUCUCCUCCACAUGCAAACACUACCUCUCGCUGUCCAACGUCAGAGCUUUCGACCUGGCCGACGGGGUUCCGGAGGGUUACCUGUUUACCGGGAAGCAUCAGGAGGAUAUCGAGCUGUUCAUGAGCGCAGGGCCGGUGAACCUAAGGAAGGCAGUGGAGACGGCAGUGGCCGAGACAGGGAAGAGGGUAAGUUGCGUGGUCAGUGACGCGUUCUUGUGGUUCACGGCGGAUAUCGCGAAGGAGCUGGACGUGGCGUGGGUGCCUUGCUGGACUUCAGGGGUGAACUCACUUUCUGCUCAUGUUUAUACUGAUCUUAUCAGAGAAAAAAUAGGAGUAGAAGGCAUUGAAGAACAUUUAGACGAAAAUCUCGAUUUCAUUCCAGGAAUGUCCAAAGUAAGAGUGCGUGAUUUGCCAGAAGGAGUUGUUUUCGGAAAUCUGCAAUCACUUUUCUCAAACAUGCUUCACCAAAUGGGCAGAAAGCUGCCUCAAGCUGAUGCAGUUUUCUUGAAUUGUUUUGAAGAAUUGGACCUCACAACUACGAAUGAUCUCAAGUCCAAGUUCAAGAAGUUCCUGAACGUUGGCCCCUUCACUCUGUUGUCUACGCUGCCCCCGGCUGAAGUUCCUGACAGAAAUGGCUGCCUUUCGUGGCUUGACGGGCAGAAGAAAGCUGCUUCUGUUGCUUAUGUCAGCUUCGGCACGGCGGUGAAACUGCCUCCUGCUGAAGUUAUUGCCAUAGCUGAGGCCCUAGAAGCUGAUAAAGUUCCGUUUAUAUGGUCACUCAACGAAAACUUCCAGGUAGAUUUACCAAAUGGGUUCAAAGAAAGAACAAGAUCUCAUGGAAUCGUGGUGCCAUGGGCUCCUCAAGUAGACGUCUUAAAGCAUGAAGCCAUUGGAGUUUUCAUAACACAUUGUGGGUGGAACUCAAUGCUGGAGAGCAUAGUUGGAGGUGUGCCCAUGAUUUGCAGGCCAUUUUUUGGAGACCACAGGCUGAAUGGGAGGAUGAUAGAGAGUGUUUGGGAGGUUGGAGUGAAUGUGGAAGAUGGGAAAUUUACUAAAGAUGGAUUGAUAAGGAAAUUGGAUUUGGUUCUAAGGCAAGAAGGAGGGGAGAAAAUGAGGAAGAAAAUCAGAAAACCAAAAGAAGACCUUCUAAAGGCCAUUGGACCAAAAGGGAGUUCUGUAAAGAACUUUCGAAUGUUGUCAGAAAUUGUUUCAAAGCCGAAGUGGGUUGAUUGACUGGUAGUUGAGAAAUGUGAUGUCUCAGCUUCUGUGAUGAUAUUCCUGUUUUGGGUGCAACAAUGAAUAAAUUGUAAGGCUUAAUACAUUUUACCUUACUAGUGUUACCAAGUCCCUAAUUUAAAAUAAUAAUAAUUGUUUAGAUUAUGAA